CAUUUUUUUCCCUUAGUACUGAGGGGAAGAGGGUCGAGGCGAAAGCAUUUCCUUCAAUUUUGCAUCCAUGUGAAGUUUGAUUUUAAAAAGAAAAAAAAGAAAAGAGAGAAGAAAACCAUUGCUCCGGACGAAUAAGAGACGGACGACGCAUCUGAGACGGAUAACUUUUAGUUCUGGAUUUUUAAAGUUUGACACGACUCCCCCUCCUCAGCGCUCCAUCCGUGACACCAGAGUGUCAUGACGGAACACUUUCCCACGGAAAAUAAAAAAGAUAUGCCCGCCUUGCUGUAACAAGGAAAGUAUACCCGACGGAAGUGUUUUCCAUCCUUUAAUGCGGGACAACCGGGAAAUGGAAUAUACUCCAAAGGUCAACCCCGUUGAGAAGCGGCAGUAGUGAUUUUUUUUUUUUUUCUUCACCAGGAAACACUCCCCAAAAAGAAUAUAACGGACUUGGAUGCUUCAACAAUCCCGAAGAGACAGAUGCCAUUUGAGUUGCGCUAAAAGUGCUUUAUAAACAUGUUAUUCGGCUGACAAAGACGGCCAAGAACAAGGGAAGCCCAAUGAGUGGGAUACAGACGACGCUCACUGAUAGGACCCCAAAUAUUCUCAACAAGGAGACUCCAGAGAGGAAAUCAAAGAACGACAAAUGCUCCGUCUCAGUCAAACAGGAGUUUGACCCCACCGGCCUCGUCCAACGGUGCGUGAUAAUCCAGAGAGAUGAAAAUGGUUUUGGGCUGACAGUGAGCGGAGACAACCCUGUGUUUGUGCAGCUGGUCAAGGAAGAUGGAGCUGCCAUGCGUGCCGGCGUCCAAACUGGCGACAGAAUCAUUAAGGUUAACGGGACCUUGGUGACGCAUUCAAACCACACGGAGGUUGUCAAGCUGAUCAAAUCCGGUUCCUACGUAGCCCUCACGGUGCUGGGCAGACCUCCGGGUCUUCCUCAGAUGCAGCUGGAAGACGACGACACGGUGGAUGAGGAGGAAGAGUGCGGCAGCGACCAAUCGCUGCAAAAUUCACCGGGAGGGGAGCGCCGCGGCAGCGCCACCUGUAGCCACGAAACACGCUCGCUGCCUGGCGGGGAUGGAUCCGUAGGCUCCAGGAACACCGAAACCGAAGAGUGUGACGGAGGCGCGUCGUCGCCGGGGGACGACAUUAGCGACGGGCUGGGUAGCAACAACAUUUCGGACACGGACGUCCGGCGCAUCGCGGCUAGCCCGCCGUACCUUCUCAACCCGCAGAUCAUCGGCGCAGAAGACGACUACUUUGAUUCGCAGCAAGAACAGAUGAACGGGCAGUGCGGUUGCUUUCAGAGCAUCGACUCGCUCAAGUGUCGGCCUGCCCAUCUCGCCGUUUUCCUCCAUCACGUCGUUUCGCAGUUUGACCCCGCCCCUUUGCUGUGUUUCUUGUACGCCGACAUCCACAAACAAACCAACUCGAAAGAAAGCCGACGAUUCUUUAUGGAAUUUCACUCCCUCUUUGUGGAUCGAACGGCGAAUCUGAAAGUCUCCGUGCCAGAUGCCAUCGCAGCUGAACUCGAGAAGCGCAGGCUGGAGUUAAUCCCAGAGGAGGUGUGCAAGCAGUACACGCAAACCUUACAGGACUCGCUGAUGCCGGACCUGCACAAGAACCUGGACGACUUCAGACAGAAGCGCAGCAUGGGGCUGACCCUGGCCGAGGACGAGUUGUCCAGGUUGGACGCCGACGCGGGCAAAGAGCCGCCGGCUUGGGAGAGGGAAUGCUCGUGUGCCGAACACAUUCUCGCCAAGAUCGAGGACAUCCUAUUAACAUCUCAACCCUCCGAGGAGGAGAAAUGCCAAGCGAUGCAGUACGUCAUCCUGACCUACAUGAAGCACCUGGGCGUUAAAGUCAAGGAGCCUCGUGGCCUGGAACACAAGCGAGCGCGAAUCAACUUCCUGCCCAAGAUGAAGAAGAGCAUCAAGCCCGACAAGGAAGGCGAGGAGAAAGUGAAAAAGCCUCGUUUUCCCAACAUCUUGGUCCCGCCGCGCCGUCUGAGCAGAGUCGACUCUACUUCAGUGGGCAAGGCGGCGACGGCGGCGGAGGUGAACAAGCAGCGUUCCCCCAAGCUGCUCUCCCAGGCGGCUUUCGGUGUCCCCGAGCCGCCCGACCUGUCCCCUUCAAAUUUCGGAAGGAUCCGCGGGAAUCACCUCAGCGAGGGUUCCGACAUUUUGAGCGCCUCGUCCACGCACAGCUCGCCCACGGCGACGCCCUCCGACGCCGGCGGGAACGACUCUGACAGCAACAUGUCCCCGUUCUGCAUCCAGCCCCGAGCGGGCGAGCUUUUGAUGUGCGGCGAGCGGCAAGAUGGCGCCUGCAGUCCCACCGCUAUGCAGUUUGACUUCAGUCCUUCCAACUUGGAGCACUUACAGGAGGAGGGAGACCAAGACAACUUCAGGAUGGAGGUGACAAGCGCGGCGGACGUGCCGAGCGAGGACGAGCAAGCGUGCGAGGCGGCGAGCGAGGACGAUCCGCUCAACUGGCAGAGCCUGGUGAGCCGCGAUGUUCUGGCCGCGUUGCCGCCGCAGGAGAUCAAGAGGCAGGAAGUCAUCAACGAGUUGUUCUACACGGAGCGGGCCCACUUACGCAUGCUGAAGGUGUUGCACGGCGUGUUCUACCAGCGGCUCAGCAGAGAUGCCAUCUUGGCGCCGGACGAGCUCCACAGCAUCUUCACCAACCUGGACGACAUCAUUCAGUUGCACGUUUCCUUCACGGAGCAAAUGGCCGCCGUCAGGAAGAGGAGCGAGACGUCCGUCAUCGGUCAGAUCGGCGAGGAUCUCUUGGCUUGGUUUAGCGGCGAGGAAGAGGAGAAGAUCAGACAGGCGGUGGCCACCUUCUGCAGUAACCAACCAUCUGCGCUGGAGCUCAUCAAGAGCAAGAAGAAGAAGGACCAGAGAUUCGCCUUGUUCAUGCAGGCGGCCGAGAGCAACCGGCUGUGUCGGCGCCUGCAGCUGAAGGACAUCAUUCCCGUGGAAAUGCAGCGAGCCACCAAGUACCCGCUUCUCUUGGACAAGAUUGCCAAGUACACCGAGGACGAGGAGGAGGCGGACAAGGUGAGAAAAGCCGGCGAAUACUGCAGGCAGAUUCUCAACCACGUGAACCAGGCGGUCAAAGAGGCUGAGAACAAGCAGAGGCUGCUGGACUACCAGAGACGCUUGGACAUCUCCUCGCUCAAACCCAACGAGAACCCGCUCAUCGCCGAGCUGCGGAAUCUGGACCUGACCAAGAGGAAGAUGGUCCACGAGGGACCGCUCUCCUGGAAGGUCAACAAAGACAAAAGAAUCGAUCUGUACACGCUCCUGCUGGAGGACGUCCUGGUCCUGCUGCAGAAGCAGGACGAGCGCCUGCUGCUCAAGUUCCACAGCAAGAGCGCGGCGAGCGCCGCCGACUCCAAGCUCAGCUUCAGCCCCGUCGUCAAACUCGGCACCGUGCUCGUCAGACCCGUCGCCACCAACAAAAAGUCCUUCUUUGUGCUGUCCAUGUCGGAAAACGGGCCACAGAUCUACGAGCUGACAGCUCAGAGCGCGUCCGACCAGAGGACGUGGCAGUGUCUCAUCACGCAGUGCGCCGACGCCAUCAAGGCAAAAUCACACGACAGCCGCAUGGCUGCCGCGCCCGCUCAAAGUGAGCAGGACGCUAUUGAAAUCAUCAAUUGUGAGAUGGACAAGCCCAGCAAAGACAGCACCAACUCGUCAGGUAUCUCCUCAGGGUCAUCGGACAUUCCCCCCACGACAAACCCCUUUGAGGGCAUGAAGUCGGAGGACGAAGACGAGGCCGAGGACGAGGAGAGGGUCGACGAGGACGAGGCGGGAGCGGCGUCCGCCGACGACAGAUGUGAAGACGAAGAGAAAGAAGAAGAGGAAGGCGAGGUAGAUGAGGAAGAGGCCUUCCCGAACCGAGACGAGGAGGCGCCAGCUUCGUCCUCCUCUCUGGGCUCUUCGUCGUCCGCCUCCAAAGCCGAAGAGGCUCUGCAGACGCUGGUGCUGCUGAAGCAGCUCGUCUUCGAGCACAUGACGGACGAGGAGAAGACGACGCCCCCGCACGAGCCCACCUCCUCGCUCGGUGAAGGUCCCGACGGCGGCGCGGGCCAAAACUGCCCCAUCGACGACGCCCGGACUGAACAGAAUGGCGCGGUCGAUCCGGGCGGCGGAUUGGAGGACGACGGGGACGUCACGUGCGGCGUGGACGCGGUGGACAUGAGCAAGCUCCUGUCGCCGGAGAACGGCGGGCGACCGAACCACAGCAGACGUCUAAUGACGCACAUGCGCCUCUUGCAAGCUGACCUGCAGUACCUCAAAGAAGUGGAGCUGAAGUACAACGAGCUGCUCGGGACGCUGCCGGUUGACACGCCGGGCGACUCGGACAACGACGGGCUUCGCUGAGGACGCCCUUGUCCCUUUUUGAGGUCUUGAAGGCGGAGCCACCUUUCUCUCCCACUGCUUUUUUCUACUAUUUGAACACUGGACGCUGAGCAAGUACAAAAUCUUGUGGACGCUUCUCUGGCUUUGAUGACAUUAUUAUGAUUAUUUUUGGUGACAAAAAAAAAGUAAACAUUCACAAGCUGCAAGACUGCACAUGACAAUUUGUUGCUUUUCCCCCCCUCACCUUUUAGAGAAAAUAUGAUGUAAAGAAAAUGAUGUAAACCUUUAAACACAGGACUGCUGUUAAAAGUCUUACUUGUAAAAUUAACUUAUGAGAAUGCUUUUCUAUCUUUAUGUCGUAACACGCAAAGAUGCUAAUUUACUCACGCAAUAUUAUUAAUCUUUUAGUUGAUUUUUUUUUAAAAUGAUGUAUUUAUUUGGCGUGACAAAUAUGCAAUGUACAUUGUCUCCUGUUAAAUAAAAGACACGCACAGGG